UUGAGACUUGACUCAGACUUGAGUUAAAUGACUCAGAGAUGGGGGACUCGAUUUGACUCGAGUCAGACUUAAGUCACAAAUUUGAGACUUGAGACUUGCUUGACAAUUCAAUAUGAUCAACGUCAGUUCUUAACUUUUUUCCAUUGGAAAUAAAGAUCGGUCUUCCUGACACUUCCUGUUUGGACUUAACACAGCUGAACACUAAGGGCUCAUUUCUUCAUGAUAUCAUUGUGGACACGUUUUUUUGGUCCGUCGUGGUCCGUUAUGCCUUCACUACUGAGUUAGUUAGAACGAUAUCUCCCAAUGUUAGUAGGGCUGUGGAGAUGUGGAGCUAUCAAAAACACACUCAGUAUACAUCCGUGUCUACAGCACCUUCUUCACCUCAGUAUACAUCCGUGUCUACAUCCGUGUCUACAUCCGUGUCUACAGCACCUUCUUCACCUCAGUAUACAUCCGUGUCUACAGCACCAUCUUCACCUCAGUAUACAUCCGUGUCUACAGCACCUUCUUCACCUCAGUAUACAUCCGUGUCUACAGCACCUUCUUCACCUCAGUAUACAUCCGUGUCUACAGCACCUUCUUCACGUCAGUAUACAUCCGUGUCUACAUCCGUGUCUACAGCACCUUCUUCACCUCAGUAUACAUCCGUGUCUACAUCCGUGUCUACAGCACCUUCUUCACCUCAGUAUACAUCCGUGUCUACAGCACCUUCUUCACGUCAGUAUACAUCCGUGUCUACAUCCGUGUCUACAGCACCUUCUUCACCUCAGUAUACAUCCGUGUCUACAUCCGUGUCUACAGCACCUUCUUCACCUCAGUAUACAUCCGUGUCUACAUCCGUGUCUACAGCACCUUCUUCACCUCAGUAUACAUCCGUGUCUACAUCCGUGUCUACAGCACCUUCUUCACCUCAGUAUACAUCCGUGUCUACAGCACCUUCUUCACCUCAGUAUACAUCCGUGUCUACAUCCGUGUCUACAGCACCUUCUUCACCUCAGUAUACAUCCGUGUCUACAUCCGUGUCUACAGCACCUUCUUCACCUCAGUAUACAUCCGUGUCUACAGCACCUUCUUCACCUCAGUAUACAUCCGUGUCUACAUCCGUGUCUACAGCACCUUCUUCACCUCAGUAUACAUCCGUGUCUACAUCCGUGUCUACAUCCGUGUCUACAGCACCUUCUUUACCUCAGUAUACAUCCGUGUCUACAUCCGUGUCUACAGCACCAUCUUCACCUCAGUAUACAUCCGUGUCUACAGCACCUUCUUCACCUCAGUAUACAUCCGUGUCUACAUCCGUGUCUACAGCACCUUCUUCACCUCAGUAUACAUCCGUGUCUACAGCACCAUCUUCACCUCAGUAUACAUCCGUGUCUACAUCCGUGUCUACAGCACCAUCUUCACCUCAGUAUACAUCCGUGUCUACAUCCGUGUCUACAGCACCUUCUUCACCUCAGUAUACAUCCGUGUCUACAUCCGUGUCUACAUCCGUGUCUACAGCACCUUCUUUACCUCAGUAUACAUCCGUGUCUACAUCCGUGUCUACAGCACCAUCUUCACCUCAGUAUACAUCCGUGUCUACAGCACCUUCUUCACCUCAGUAUACAUCCGUGUCUACAGCACCAUCUUCACCUCAGUAUACAUCCGUGUCUACAUCCGUGUCUACAGCACCAUCUUCACCUCAGUAUACAUCCGUGUCUACAUCCGUGUCUACAGCACCUUCUUUACCUCAGUAUACAUCCGUGUCUACAUCCGUGUCUACAGCACCAUCUUCACCUCAGUAUACAUCCAUGUCUACAUCCGUGUCUACAGCACCAUCUUCACCUCAGUAUACAUCCGUGUCUACAGCACCACCCAUAUUAAACUGUUUACAUGCUGGUUUUGGACACGUUGUCUUGCACAGUCACUCAGUUGCUGUCUUGCGCACCACAUUUCAUCCCUUUUUGUUCAGAUUCCUAUAUUUUUGCACAAUAUACUGUAUAAUAUACAGAACGCCGAGCGGUCAGUGCUAUUUUGUGUAUUUGUCCUGUAGUGUUUUGUAUUGUCUUUUGUCUUGCACUGUUUGCACGAGGUUAGUAAAAGUAACUUACUAAAAUCAUGAUACUGGAGGUAGGUUGUCUCAUUUCAUUAUGUACUACAUCAGCUAUAUGGUUGAAAUGACAAUAAAGUUGACUUUACUUGACUCGUCGUAACCAGCAGACGAACUGAUUCCAGCGUGGAGUCAGUAUUGAUCAAGACAGGACCAAGGUCACAGUAGUGUCAGAUUUUAUGUCCUAAGUAGUUUUCCUUAUUCUUUUUCGUUGAACUAUAUUUCAAGAGUAAGGACUGAACUUAUUGCAGAUGAAGCCAUGACAACACCAUCGAUUUCCACUUGUUGCGGUGAAACAUGCAACCAAACGAUUCAUAUUUUUAUCCUUGUUAUAAAUAUCUGCAUGGAGCUGUUAUUAAAAACACUGCAAUACCAAACCCUUUAUACGUCUUUGAGUUCAGCAGGUUUAAGUUCAAUCUCGACUGUCCUUCGUAUUUUUAUUUUAUUUUAUUUUUUACAUCUGUAAUAUGCUUUAAUGAGUCAUUUUGUGGAAAAAAUACUACAUGGCUUUAGAGAUGAAUGUUAGGCAUUACGUCUUGGUCCAAGAACUGCUUGUACACUCACACACACCCACAACAACACAUAACUCAUAUUCCAUUACCAUUGUGACCUUCUUCAAUCUUAUACACCUUC